AUGAAACAGGACUACGACGCCCGCUCGGGAGAAUUCGAGAACGGGGAGCGAUGGACCGACGGAGAGUCCCUCGGUAAACGGGCGUACUUCUCCGUCCUCACCGAGCCGCCCGUGUUAGUGCUCGACCCCGCCCACGCCAGGGAUGAGGGCCUCUACAAGUGCAGGGUGGACUAUAAGUACUCCUCGUCCACGUACAGGGUAGUCAACCUCACUAUUGUCGUGCCCCCAGGCCCCCCCGUGAUCCUGUGGCAGGGGAUCGGCGUCGUGGGGAGCGUGGGGCCCCUAAGUGAGGGCUCUCGACAACAGCUCACCUGCCGGAGCGUCGGGGGGCGUCCUCCUCCCGCGCUUACCUGGUGGCGACAGGGCACGAGGCUCCCGCAGCGCCUGGACGCCUCUACGGACAUUACUUCGGGGAAAGACAUGGUCGAGGUGACAGCCACAGUGACAGCCUCUCGGGACCUGCAGGGCGCCACCCUCACCUGCCACGCCCUCACGCCCCUCAGCUCGCAGACGAGCAAGACGACGCUCAUUCAGCCCAGGACAGCUUCCGUGGCCCUCAACAUCACGCUGCCUCCGCUCGACGUGCAGAUCCUAGGCUCAGGCGUGGCGGUGUCUGCAGGAACGACCUUGAGGCUGGUCUGUCGCAGCGUAGGAUCUCACCCGCCCGCCCAGCUCUCCUGGUGGCGCGGUCACUCACACCUCACUUCCGUACACCACGCCAUGGAGGAUGGAGGAAACGUUACAACAGCGACGCUAACGUUAGAAGUGGACAGGGACUUCGACGGGGUAACGUUGGCGUGCAUGGCUGUCAACACUGCCAUACCUCACGCUCGACUCACCGAUUCUGUCAAGCUGGAAGUUCAUUACACUCCCAUCGUGCAUCUGGAACUCGGGAAGCCCAUUGAUCCCAGCGCUAUCACAGAGGGCAGCGACGUUUACUUCGAGUGUUCUAUAAAGUCUAAUCCACCUGUUAUCCGCGUCCAGUGGUAUCAUAACGGCGCCCUUGUAGAGCACGACGUCGCAGGAGGGGUCGUGGUGAGCGGCCUGAGCCUUGUGUUGCAGCGCCUUCGUCGGAAGCACUCGGGAACCUACACCUGCGCCGCUAUCAACUACGAAGGACGCAACAUCAGCAAUCCUGUCCAUAUCAUCGUCCGGCACGCGCCCGUGUGUGCAGGAGUCGCCAGACAGAGAACCCAGGGAGCCGCCCGAGGAUCCCCCGCCGUCGUCACCUGCCACGUGGAGGCCGUGCCCGCCCACAACCUGACGUGGGCGUGGGCGUGGCUGCAGGAGGACGGGAGUGAGGAGCGCGUCCCGGCGAAGAACAUCCGCACCGACAGGAUGACCUCCGCCAUGACCGUGACGCCCCACAGCCUCCAGGAUUACGGCGAGCUCCUCUGCCGCGCCACCAACGACGUGGGGCGGCAGCGGGAUCCGUGCGUGGUGUCCCUCGUACCCGCCGGGACGCCCGACCCGCCCCUCAACUGCUCCACCACGCCCUCGAGCCACGCCGACGAGGACCAAGGGCGCACCUCGCUCUCCGUCACGUGUCUGGAGGGCUUCGACGGCGGGCUGCCCCAGGUGUUCCUGCUGGAGGCGUGGCAGAACGGCGUCCUCCUGGCCAACAUAAGCAGCGACUUCCCCGAGUGGGUGGUGGCGGGGCUUGAGGGCGGGAAAGGAGCCACGCUGAGGGUGAGCGCCCAGAACGCCCGUGGGAGGAGCGAAACGCUGCGCCUGGAGGUCCACACGCCCAGGGCACAACAACGUGCUGCCUGGGACUCGGAGAGCUCCUUCCUCGGGUUCACGCCCUUGCUGGGAGCGCUGGUGGGCGUGGCCGGGGUGCUCUUGCUCCUCCUCAUCGUGAGCAUCAUGAUCGCCCGCCACGCCCGCCGCAAGGCCUCCAAGCCGCCCGUCCACACCCACGACCUCGUGAUGACCCCGACAGGCAGUGCGUGGGACUGCUACGACCUCGAGGGCGGCACGGGCCUUCAGCCACGGCACCGGAGUCUCGACAUCCUCGCCCACACCCACGGGAGAGCCACACCCGACGGCGCCCACAGCCCAGAGAACAACAACACGCCCAUCCGACGUCGCCAAGGAACGCCCGCGGUGGGGAAGAGAGUCAAGACGAAAUCCAUGCCGCACAUACACAUGAAUGGGCGGAUCUCCAAUUGCCAACAGACACAGGAAAGCGACUCCUGCAGUAACUCGAGCGACUCAGACGUGGAGUCAGUGGUGGAGGUGACCGACCUGACGAUGCUGCGUCGCCCGGUGAGUGAAGCCGGCUACGCCUACUCCCCCCUGGCCAUGAAGGAGACGGUGCUCCCACGCCCCUCCGACACGCCAGGGCAUUUAGCUCCCAGUUCCAAGAGGAGCCGAGAAAACCUCCAAAUCGCUUCUGGAAGCCCCCUUCCAAGUAAAGAUAACAACUGCAUGUCAAAGUUAGUCAAAGCUAAUCCUUGCGAUGGAGAUACCAAGAGAAAUGCCAAAACAGACAGGAAAUCGCCGUCGCCAAUAGUCAGCGGGAACAGCGCCCCAUUUCCUCCUCGCCCUCACCUCGAGUCCGGCAAACAGGAAAACCCGUCUUUCCCUUCCAAGGACUCGAAAGCAGCAGCCAAGAAGAAGAAAUCCCACAAAUCAGGUGAGAAUUCCUCCGUCGAGGACCUGCCAGCGCCACCCAAACCCCCGAGGGUCUUCCUCCCGCCGGAGAAGCAGCAGCAGCACCUUCACCUGAGCCCCUCCAAGACCUCCUCGAAGGCACCUCUAGCAGAAGACGAAGUCAGCGACGCCUACUGCAACGGCCGACGUCAUAACCACUCAUCCCCGCUGAGAAUACCGGACGCAGGCGGGGUCCAGGCCAGGAGACCCAGCGACCCCGGUGGCGUUGGGAGCGUCAUAUGACCCUCGCCGCCACCGAUGUGGUUCUCGGUGGUGUAUGUCUCUCACAGACCUGUCCAGCAGACGUGAAGCUCCUCUCAAGUUUGAGGACGCCAACUUCAGCUUGUGAGAGUAGAGCACAACACGGUUGAUACUUGCAUACGACAGAGUGAGGAGAUGAAGCUUUCGGACUGUAGCUUAGCAAAGGGGGUGUCCUUUAGUUGAAGCUAUCAGUAAAUCGUUUCUUUGUGUGUGUGUGUGUGUUUGUGUGUGUACAUGUGCUUGUAUGUAUCUGCGUCUGUAUGUGUCUAUAUCUGUGCAUACAUUCUGUAUACUUUCGCAUCUUUUGUUCACAUAAUGCCAAAGUAACGUUGCUAUAAGACUUAUGCUCCGAAAAUAGUAAGGAAGAGAAAUGUCUCAGGAAGCGCAUAUGGCCACUUUCUGCACAAACAAACGCGUUAUGACAACUCGGACUGGAAUUCAACUUGUAUAUUUGUAUUUUUGUUACAUAAUUAAAUGCCAUUAAUCA